UCUUUUCUAGGUUAGAAAAGGAAGGCUAUUUCCUUAGUGUGGAUUGCUGCCUUUAGUAAGAAUAUGUCGUCCAUCUUGCCAUUCACUCCACCAGUUGUGAAGAGACUGCUGGGAUGGAAGAAAUCAGCUGGUGGAUCUGGAGGAGCAGGUGGAGGAGAGCAGAAUGGACAGGAAGAAAAGUGGUGUGAGAAAGCAGUUAAAAGUUUGGUGAAGAAGCUAAAAAAAACAGGACGAUUAGAUGAGCUUGAGAAAGCUAUCACCACUCAAAAUUGUAAUACUAAAUGUGUCACCAUACCAAGCACUUGCUCUGAAAUUUGGGGACUGAGUACACCAAAUACGAUAGAUCAGUGGGAUACAACAGGCCUUUACAGCUUCUCUGAACAAACCAGGUCUCUUGAUGGUCGUCUUCAGGUAUCUCAUCGGAAAGGACUGCCACACGUUAUAUAUUGCCGAUUAUGGCGCUGGCCUGAUCUUCAUAGUCAUCAUGAACUCAAAGCAAUUGAAAACUGCGAAUAUGCUUUUAAUCUUAAAAAGGAUGAAGUAUGUGUAAACCCUUACCACUACCAGAGAGUUGAGACACCAGUUUUGCCUCCUGUGUUAGUACCACGGCACACUGAGAUCCUAACAGAACUACCGCCUCUGGAUGAUUAUACCCACUCCAUUCCAGAAAACACUAAUUUCCCAGCGGGAAUUGAGCCACAGAGUAAUUACAUUCCAGAAACACCACCUCCUGGAUAUAUCAGUGAAGAUGGAGAAACAAGUGAUCAACAGUUGAACCAAAGUAUGGAUACAGGAUCCCCAGCAGAACUAUCUCCUACUUCUCUUUCCCCUGUUAAUCAUAGUUUGGACUUGCAGCCAGUUACAUACUCAGAACCUGCAUUUUGGUGUUCAAUAGCCUAUUAUGAAUUAAACCAGAGGGUUGGAGAGACCUUCCAUGCAUCACAGCCCUCACUUACUGUAGACGGCUUCACAGAUCCAUCAAAUUCAGAGAGAUUCUGCUUAGGUUUACUCUCCAACGUCAACCGAAAUGCUACAGUAGAAAUGACAAGAAGACAUAUAGGAAGAGGAGUGCGCUUAUAUUACAUAGGUGGGGAAGUUUUUGCUGAGUGCCUAAGUGAUAGUGCAAUCUUUGUGCAGAGCCCCAAUUGUAAUCAGAGAUACGGCUGGCACCCUGCAACAGUGUGUAAAAUUCCACCAGGCUGUAAUCUGAAGAUUUUCAACAACCAGGAAUUUGCUGCUCUUCUGGCUCAGUCUGUGAAUCAGGGUUUUGAAGCCGUGUAUCAGCUAACUAGAAUGUGCACCAUAAGAAUGAGUUUUGUGAAAGGGUGGGGAGCAGAAUACCGAAGGCAGACGGUAACAAGCACUCCUUGCUGGAUUGAACUUCAUCUGAAUGGACCUCUGCAGUGGUUGGACAAAGUAUUAACUCAGAUGGGAUCCCCUUCAGUGCGUUGCUCAAGCAUGUCAUAAAGUUCCAUCACCAAUCCAGUCCCAUCAAAAGACUUACUGUAUCAACUCUUCUGUCAUAGUAUUUGUGUGUGGUCCCCAUGGACUGUUUGUAUCCAAAAAUUCAACCGAGAAAACAGCACUUGAGGUCUCAUCAAUUAAAGCACCUUGUGGAAUCCGUUUCCUAUAUUCGAAUAUUAGAUGGGAAAAUUAGUGUCUAGAAAUACCCUCCCAUAAAGGAGGAAGAGAAGAUUUUAAAGACUUACUAAUGUCUUGUUGGGCAUAAAAUUGAGUGUCCCAAAGGCUUAUUAAUAACAGUAGUAGUUAUGUGUACAGGUAAUGUAUCAUGAUCCAGUAUCACAGUAUUGUGCUGUUUAUAUACAUUUUAGUUUGCAUAAAUUAGGUGUGUGUGUGCUGCUUCUUGAUUUAGGCAAGCUUUUAUAAAGUUACAGUACCUAAUCUGUUAUUCCCACUUCUCCGUUAUUUUUGUGUGUCUUUUUUAAUAUAUAAUAUAUAUCAAGAUUUUCAAAUUAUCAUUUAGAAGCAGAUUUCCCUUGUAGAAAAACUAAUUUUUCUGCCUUUUACCAAAAAUAAACUCUUGGGGGAAGAAAAGUGGAUUAACUUUUGAAAUCCUUGAUCUUAAUGUUUUCAGUGAAUCUUAAACAUUUGUUCUUGUUGGUUGGUUUGUUUACUGCUAAAUUUCUAUAACAAAGCCUUGCAGAAAAUCUUUUCAAACCUCUUCUCCAUUCCUACUUUUGUUCUGAUACAAAAACAGAAUAGCAUGCUAUCCAUCGCCAGUAAUGGUUGCACUGAUAGUGCCAGCACCAGUCGCUUCUGGGGUACAGUAAGAAUGCAUAUGGAGUAAGUUGCUUUGUCUUACACAUUUCAACAGAUAAUACUUGACUUGUGUGACCUAGUAGUCUAUUCAUUUAUCCUUACACCUCAUAAAAAAUACAUAGGUGGCAGUAUAUUUUCAGGGAUAUGCUACAAUUAUUCCAUUUGUCCUUUUUUUAAAGCCAAUCUAUAGAUGUAAACACUUUUUAAAAAGGUAUUUUAAAUGUUUCAACAGCAGACCUAGUGCUCUUUGAUUUGAGUUUCACUUGAUUUAGUUACCAGAUUAUUUUAUGAAUGGACCUUUUAUAAAUGUAAUUGUACCUGCAGAAUACCUAGAAAAGUGAUGCUGAGGUGUGGUCAGCAGAUAAGGGCCAUCUGUUUUUAAAAUAUGUUGUAUUCAAUUUAUAAAAUCUUUUAUUUUACAUAAUUAUUAAUGGAAUUUUAAAAAUUUGGGGAGAAGCAGUUUAGCAACUUUUUAAGCUUAUAAUCACCUACAGUCUGAGCUGUUCUUAACUAAAACUGAAUAUAUGUUUGUUACUAGAGUCAACCACAUUUUAUGCUCUGCAGUGAGUGGAACAGAAGCUCUGUGGGUAGUUCAUUCUGCAGCAAGUAACUCCCAGGUCUAAUGUGAAGUUAUUGCUGUUUAAACAUUAUUUGUUUGCAUCUCAAUAGAAAUGAAAAAUAACUACUCCUAGUCCCCUUCUAGUAAAUUUUUAUAUUUUUAGGAUAAAUAUCUUAGGUACUUAUUUUUUGAAACCAUAGUCACCUGUUUCUACAGGUGUCAUUUUCAGUACUUUCAGUGUUUGGUUGUUUUCUGUUAAGUAUUCCUCAUUUUCCAAUAUUUGUGUGUACAUGCAUGUAUUCUUGUAAACGUGUAGUAAAUUUUUACUCAUUCAAA